AUGCGUUUCCAGUUGCUCGCCGCACUCUUCACGGCUGUCCUCGCCGCUGCCGGCCCAUUAGGCAAAUUGCCCUCUGAGGAAGCCAAAGAGAUGAAAGCGGGCCUGGCUAAGCUCGCGGAAGUCAUUGAUGACAACGACUGCAGCGUAGGCAAGGCCCAGCUCCAAGUUUUCAAACACUCGCUCAUGGACACCAUCGUUGAGGGUCAUAUCGAAGGCGAAAAGCAACUCGUCAAGUAUCUCACUCGAGAAGAAGGCCAAAUCCUGCUUGACAAAAUCAGCCUCAUUCGAGAGGCCGGCGACGCAGAAAAGGCCAAGGCCGAAGAGGACAGGAAGAAAGCCGAGGAGGACAAGAAAUUCAAAUUUCCCCGGGAGCUCAAUGGAGAUGACUCCCCUCGGGUCCGCCCUCUGGGUUCGAGGAUAGCGAUGACCAGGGGUCGUCUAGCGGGGGGCGGGAGUGGGUCGGGUCGCAGGCCACGAGAUGUGAUGUCCCCGUCCACCUCGUCUAUGGACAAGCUCGAGUCUCUGCACGAUGCCCGUGAUAUCAGGCUCACGUGCGGGGCUACCCGACGAGUCCUCAAGGUUGUACGCAACUUUGUUUCUUCCACCCCCAAGCCCGGCAAGUCGACUGAUGGCAAGAGUGUAUUCUACAUCUAUCCCAAAGAAGAGGCCGACUUCAAACGCAGAGUCGUAAAGGCGGCUACAGCCCGAGGCUAA